UGUUUUCUGUUUUGGUUAGCUUGACGGUGUCGGAGGAGUGGAUGGAGGCGAAACGUCUUGGAAAAGUCUUUCGAGUCCAGACAAACACAGUUGUUUCAGUUUCAGGCAUACUGUGUUAACAUGUCAGUAUGUUUAGAUCCUUCUUGAUGGUGAAGAGGCAGCGUUUCCAUGAUGGCGGUUACCGCAGCACAGGCGUUUCUAUGAUGGCUAAACUGAAAACUUAAGGAGCAAACUUCGAACGAGGAGCUGGAGUCUUUUCCUAAACUUUCCCUGCUGUCAGUUUAAAAAAAGAAAGAAAAAAACAACUAACACCAUUAUGGCACACACUACUUCGGUUUCGAUAUGGGCCUUUGCUUUUAGUUUAUACUUCGGCGUGUCCAAGUGUCACUUUACCAUACCACUGAAAAUAUACCCAGGGACGUACAAUGUAUCCUCGGCUGUGGAUUUGACUCCUGUGCGGCGGGUGGCGUUAACCUCUGAUGGAAACGGCCUCUCUCUGGCCUCUGAUCCAACUGGAACAGUGAACUUUCUGGACAUGGUGCAAAACUUACAAGGGGACUCUGGAAGGGGUUACUACAUAGAAAUGUCUGUUGGUAGUCCCGGUCAAACGCUAAACAUCCUGGUGGAUACAGGCAGCAGUAACUUCGCUGUGGCUGCAGCCCCACACCCGUUCAUUACUCACUACUUCAACACUGCACUCUCCACUACCUACAAGUCAGCUGGUCGGACUGUAGCUGUCAGGUACACCCAGGGCAAUUGGGAAGGUGAACUGGGCAUCGACCUCAUCUCCAUCCCCAAAGGUCCAAAUGGGACCAUGAGCAUCAACAUAGCUGCCAUCCUGUCGUCUGAGGGCUUCUUCCUUCCUGGGGUCAACUGGCAGGGAAUCUUGGGGCUGGCCUAUCCCAUGCUGGCACGGCCCGACUCAUCUGUGGAACCCUUCUUCAACUCUGUGGUGCAGCAGCUGGGAAUUCCUGACAUCUUUUCCCUCCAGAUGUGCGGUGCUGGACUGUCAGCCAGCAGUGCAGCAGACCCCGCGGGUGGCAGUCUUAUCCUGGGAGGGAUUGAACCAACUCUGUAUCGGGGGUCGGUGUGGUACACCCCCAUAAUAGAAGAGUGGUAUUACCAAGUGGAGGUUUUGAAGCUGGAGGUUGGCGACCAGAAUCUGGACCUGGACUGCAGAGAGUAUAACAUGGAUAAAGCUAUAGUUGACAGUGGGACGACACUGCUGCGACUUCCUGUCAACGUCUUCAAUGCAGUGGUAGAAGCCAUCACACACAGCUCUCUGAUCCAGGACUUUUCUUCAGGGUUCUGGGAUGGCACCAAGCUUGCAUGCUGGAUGAAGGGAGAGACCCCCUGGAGGUUUUUCCCCAAACUGUCCAUCUAUCUGAGAGCCACAAACACCAGCCAGUCCUUCCGUAUCACCAUCUUGCCUCAGAUGUACAUCCAGCCAAUCACAGACGUGGACGGCACACUGGACUGCUUCCGUUUUGGACUGUCGUCGUCAGCUAAUGGUCUUGUGAUUGGCGCUACUGUCAUGGAAGGCUUCUACGUGGUGUUUGACCGUGCUCAGCGGAGACUGGGCUUCGCCCUCAGCAGCUGUGCAGUGAGCGGUGGAGUGGCUCUGUCAGAGAUCGCGGGACCUUUCUCGGCAGCAGACGUGGCAGCCAACUGCUCCAGCGGGCCGCUGAAGGAGCCUCUUCUGUGGGUCAUCUCCUAUGCCCUGAUGGCGGUCUGUGCCGUGGUCCUCAUCAUCCUGCUGCUCCUGCUCAUCCUUCCCUGCCGACGCAGAGACCACUCCGGGGAGAUAACUGAUGAAUCCUCGCUGGUCCGCCACCGCAUCAAGUGACUGAGAGUGAGCGGAGGGGUGAGCAGGAUGAACGGGCAGGGAAACAGUGAGCAGAGCCCGUCCACAGAGGUGGAGAAAGGGGUGAGGCUCGGCAUGCACCGAACAGUAACACUCGGCUCUGAGUGUCUGACCAACUCUAGACUGCACUCAUCAGCUUGGCCCGUAGAGGUAGACACAGACAGAUCAACUGCCUCUUAAAGGGAAAAUCCACCUUAAAACACAGCUGUUGGUGUUUCCUGUUUACCUUUCUUAUUCUCACUGAUAAUUCAUGCCAUGUCAUAUGUAGACACUGUGACACAGAGAAAGACAUCAAGCAUAGAAGAAGUAGUUCAUAAUGCCAUGUAGCCACAGGGCAGUUUUUAGUUAUGGGUACUGCUCUCUCCAACUACAACCAAGUUUGUGAGCACAUUCGAUCAAGUUCAGCCUUCAGCUCUUGUGGCUGGCUGUCCAAAGGUAUUUUGGGAAAUGUAGGACAUCACUAGCACAAACAGAGGUGAACCAAACUAUGCAACACUAAUAAUUCCUGACAUGCACUAGAACACCACACCAGCAGUGACGCAUAGAAGUGCAAUAUCUACGGGUGGAGUCUCUUCCUUACAGAUAAUCACAGGACUGCGGGUGCGGAGCAGAGUAUGUACAUGGUCAACAACCACUGGUGCAUUCUUGAACAAUGAAAACGUUACUGAUACUGUCAUUUCCAGGCAAACUGUGUGUCAUUCAUCUCCAAGGGCAUAGGACCUCUUUAAAUGUGCCUUUACAGUAGAGCGUCAACUCCAAACCUCCAGUCUUCUAUGGAGUCAAAUUAAUGUGUAUGUCUAUUGAAGUUAAGGGGAAAAGCUGCUCAAUCAAUCACUGUUAAAUAAGAAGAAUAUUACACACGUUUACAGUGCCUGUAGUGCCUUUAAGUCUCAGUUCACUGCUCAUAUGGCGGCUUUGUGAACAGUUGGAGACUUAUUCUGCUGAAUUGCACUUUUUUUUCUUGUAAGUUGAUCAAAAGUAUAAUAUAAAGUCAAAGAUCAAUAUUUCUGGAUCUGCAAUUUGUUGUAUUAAUGUAAUUUUACUAAUUCUGCAUACAUCCAAGUUUAUAUUUAAAUUUCUUUGAAUGUGAUUGUAUUAUUCUUCCAAAUCUUUUCUUUUUAGACUCAAGGGUGCAUAUUCAUAUUUCACAUUUUAUACAAAUCAAACACUAAAUUAGAUGGCAAGAGAUUUUUGUAAACUGAUUCAUUGGAAACACAUGCAGCUUUCCAGCUGAAGCUCAGUGACCUGUUAGCAAUAAAAAGUUAUUAAAUGCCAUGUUAAUGCCAUUAGUGACAGCUUCAUGUAUAGAAGUCAGUGAUGAAACGCGGUCCACCACUGAGACUGUGCUGCACAACCAAUCUGAAACUAGCACGCUUUGGUUCGUGAGUAUCACCGUCUGCCAAAAUUUAAUGUUGAAUCAAAUUGUCAAAUUAAAGAUACACUUGAAUCUUUGAAUGUUGGCUUAUUUAUAAGUGUAUUUUUCUGUGCCAAAAUUGUACUUGUGCUGUAAAUAAAACAACUUGUGACCAAA